GAUCUGAUGUGUAGUUUCCGUCUUGGCUGGGAGGAAAAGGCGUAGCUAGUAAACAUCACAGAGAGCUAAAAAAAAGACAAACACACACAGCGGACAUUAGAGCCGGAAAACACCGACGCAUUAAGUUCCCUCUUCGGUUUGUAGAAAGCCCGCCGGUGUCGUCCGCAGUCCUGUAACCGUCCGUGGUUGUCACAGCGACUGACAGCGUCUCAGAAAAAAGAAAAGACCAUCGGGGCGUUAGCCAGCUAGCUAGCUAGCAUAGCCACCUAGCCGCAGCAGCACUAGCCGCAGCUAGCAUUAGCAUAAAAACGACAAAGAUGAUAGCGCUAAUCAACAAACUGUUGGACUGGUUCAAGGCGCUCUUCUGGAAAGAAGAGAUGGAGCUGACCCUGGUGGGGCUGCAGUACUCCGGGAAGACGACCUUCGUCAAUGUGAUAGCGUCCGGCCAGUUCAGCGAAGAUAUGAUUCCUACAGUCGGGUUCAACAUGAGGAAGAUCACCAAAGGCAACGUUACCAUCAAGCUGUGGGACAUCGGCGGUCAGCCUCGGUUCAGGAGCAUGUGGGAGCGUUACUGUCGAGGAGUCAGCGCCAUCGUCUACAUGGUGGACGCAGCAGACCCGGAGAAGAUCGAAGCCUCCAAGAACGAACUCCACAACCUGCUGGACAAGCCGCAGCUGCAGGGAAUUCCUGUUUUGGUUCUGGGCAACAAGAGGGACCUACCAGGAGCCCUGGAUGAGAAGGAGCUGAUAGAGAGGAUGAACCUGUCGGCCAUCCAGGACAGAGAGAUCUGCUGCUACUCCAUCUCCUGCAAGGAGAAAGACAAUAUCGACAUCACUCUCCAGUGGUUGAUCCAGCACUCCAGGACUAAGAGGAGUUCCUGAGAACAGACACGCCCCCCCCUCCCCCCCCCCCAACAGAACAGGCCACGCCCACCUGUCCUAACACACACACACACAGCCGCUCUUUGAUCAAAACUUUACCCUCCCAUCCUUCCAUCUACCCCAUCCUUGUAUUAAUACCUGCUGACCCCUCCUCCCCACAGUCCCCUUACACCUUGAGAUGCUCUGAUACCUUGUUUUUUAUUGAAGUAUUAAAAAAAAGCAACGACAACCACACAGAGUUGGUUUGCAGAAGUAUUUCAGUACAUACAAAAUACUCUUCGGUACACCAGCACAUAAGCGCCCACAUGCUAAAAAAGAUUCCCGGGAAAGUGGAGCAAGUUUUGACAGGAGGAUGCCAAAGAAGUACUGGGAUCUGAAUUCUUGUCUUUCAGCCCGUGUUAGUUCAGGUCACCAACAGCUGAUGGCUGAUUUAGGCUUCUCUACAAAGGUGUCUCACAGGUAACACCGCAGCUACAGCCACGGGGUUUAUUUAUGCAGCAGUUAAAGGGCCAUUUCACCCAAAUUAUAAAGCACAAACUCUUUUUUUUAAUUAUUAUUGGGAGUAUUUCCUCGCCAGGUGGAGGAAGAUGUCUGAAAACCCGGAUGAAUAAAACCAAAACCACCAAGAGGGAGGAGAAAAAUGUGUUUAUAUGUCAUUUGGGUGAAGUGGCUUUUUACAUUUGAGUCUGAAUCGCUUGCAUAAAGCCAUCGGCCGUGUGAGUGAUUUGAAACUGGCGACAGAAGAAGUGGUGUCAGCGCAUCUUUACACAUCCACACAGCAGCCUCCAUCAUGAUCCUCAAAUCAGCCAAAAAUCCACAUUUAGCCGGUUAGCUGGAGCCUGUUUUGUGGAUGUGUACCCUUCCUCAACUUUUCCCAUAAUCCUCCAACCUUCUUUACCUUUUUUUAGCCAGUAACCACAAAUCUGCCUUCAUCACUUCCCCUCUCUUCCCUCUCCGCCUCCUGUUGAUUUUCAUUCCUCCCCUUCCAUUUUCCCUUUCUACCUCCACAUGUUCCAUCCUUCCUUCCUUCCAUCCAUCCACACCCGCCAUUAUUUCACAUUUAUAUUAUCCUGAGAAGCCCCUCUUCCUCCCCUCGUCUGUUGUGAACUGCUUGUCCUCCCCUGUAAUCCCUCUAUCCUUCCUCCUUUUCUUAUUUUUGGAUGUUACAUUCUUUCUCUCUUUCCUCGCCAAGCCCCCACCGCUCGUCGUCUGGCUCUCUCUCUCUCUCCUGCCGAGCGAGGGAUUAAAAACCUUUUUAUUGCACUGUUGAUUUUGGUUUUGUAAGAUAUUGAUAACGAGAAUAAUGUUAAUAAUAUUCUUAUUGUGACAUAACCUGGUCUGUCCAGAUUUAAGGAAGCGGUACUCUAAACUGGAGAAGGAGAAAUGUUGUUGUUUCUGUUCAUAUGUCUGUAAGAAGCUUUUUAUUUCCUGUUUGUUUUAUAUUAUUUUUUAUUAUAUUGUUGUUGUUGUUGUUUUCGUUUGACUUCAUAAGUCUACUCUGGAUGUGAGCCAGAGGUCAGUGUUUUCUGCUCUGUCACGUCUGCUGAUUGGACCCGGGGUGUCACGUGAUCAAAUGCAACCUUCACAUCAUGUCGGAUAAUAUGGAGCAAUGCUUGAGUCGCUGAAACGCCUACGUGUAAACACAUUUUCAUGAUUUGUGACACGAGGAGCGACAAACAAAAUACAUUUUUGUUCCCUCUGCAUAACAAGGUCAAAAUCAGCCUCUCGUCCUUCCUCAAAAUAUUCGAGAAGAAAAUGUCCGCUUCCUGUUUUUUAAUUACCACAAGAAGGCGACAUGAAUAUGGAAGCCUGUGGCUGCCAAUAUUGAGAUAAAAUGAAUUAAUAGUUUUUGUGCACAUGAUGUGUGACAGAAUUAAAACAUAAUGAAAUUCUCAUUUUAAUGUUCGCCAAAUAACUACAUUACAUCCUAGUUUUAGCUUUUUUCUAAUGAUUAAAUGUGACAAGGAAUUUUCAUGUUUGUCAAUUUCAGGGGAUAAAAACUCUAAAAUGUAAUUUUGAAGUUUCAGUUGCACAUUGACAAUUUAAAAACACAUGUAUUUUCAUUAUCAUUAAUUAUUUAUUAUAAGAUUUUGCUAAGCUUCAGUACAGUUUUCAAAUUUUGGCAGUUUUCAAACAUGAUUUUUAAAAUAAAAAUUGUCAUACAUCCUGCAUACACAAAUGGAAAUGAUUACAUUUUAAUAUUAGCAGCCAUAGACUUCCACACAAAUUAGUGUUUGUAUUCAUGACAAACAAGACAUGACAGGAAUGCGGUUUAAGACCAGAGUUUGGACUAAGCUGUCUCUGAAUGAUGCUACACAAGGAAAUCUGCUCUAUCCAUUUAUUUGUUAUUAAUAUAAUCAGUUGGUGCUUUUACAGCUGGUCUAAGUUAACCACCAGCUUAUGGUGAAUGUGAAUGUUUUUGAUGUGAAUGGUAGCAACAAAUCUUAAAGCAUUAAAACCUUUAGCUAGCUAGUUUAGUUAUCCAGUCAACUGCAACAAAACAAGAUUAAUUACUGAAAGCAAGUUUUGGCAGUAAAAUUAUUAUAUAAAUAUACUGGUGAUCCAAAAUAUUCUAGUCUGUAAUAAAAUUAAGAGUUUUUAAAGAAAUGUCAAUGAAAAUCUGAUUUAAAGGUUUUCAUUAAACCUUUUGAGUCACAAAAUGUUAGCACGUAGCUUCAUGCAAAGAUCAUCGUCCGCAUUACGCUCGCUUACAUCCUUACACUAGUUCCACACUACUUACACUGUAUCACUUUUUGUGUAAUUUCAACAACUUGGUCAGAUCUGUCGUCCUAUUGGUUCAAAUCGCGUUCUGACACAUCCUGGUCCGGACAGCAGCCAAUCAGACUGCAGAACAGUCAACAAAAGGAGCAUUACCUGUAUGUCUGUUGUUCUGUACUAAGGUCAUUUUGUUAAAGAGUGAUCAAACAGUGUGGGAGAUUAAUUCUGCUAGCUCACACUCACCUGCUUUACACUGUCGGGCCAAACAGGGUCGACCUGGCUUCAAAUUGAGGGUCACGAGAGACUUGAGGCCUUCCUCAGUCUGCAUUCCUGUUUUCUUGUGAAAGUCAGUUACGGCCCAAACACCGUCCCAUGUCAGAGUUCAUAUUGAGACAAAAACGCUUUCUGUUGAUUGCUAAUCUAUUAAAUGACAAAUUGCUACAGCUUUAUAAGACGGUUUGGUAGCAGACUUGUGUGAACCUGGGGAAAACGAGUAUCCCAGUUUGCAUUUCACAUCGACUAGCAGCGAACAUAAAAUAAAUAAAUAAAUAAAAAUUAAAACUGUAACCUACCAAUUUUAGUCUUGACAUUUUUUUGGGCGAAAAAUGAACAGCUUAGAUUUCAAAUAUGUGGUUGAUUUAUCAAAAAUCAUGCCUGUUGGAUUUGCUCAGCAUCUUUGGAGACGUGGGGAUCUGUAGCGUGGUGAACCACCUGAGCAGAGCUGGUGACGUCAGCAAGAAGGCUGUGCCAGUUACAGACAAAGCUUUCUUGUGGGUUAGGACUCCCGAAUUCUGCAUGCCAAAUUGCAACACCCUAGAUUGCGAUUUCGAACUCCCAACAACGCAAAAUCAAAUUCCCAACAACACGAAAUCGGUCUCCCAACAACGUAAAAUCAGUCUUGGCAUACUCUUUAUUGAGAAAGUCCUUUUGUUUUUCUUGACAGAAUCAAACACCUUUUUAGCAGAGACUGAAUCCUCCAAGCAGAAGGCCACAUGAUUCUAACAUUAGGUUUCCAGCAGCGAUGCUGAAGCUACAUAAACAGUUGCUCUCCCCUCUUUAGCCCGACAGUGGAAAGCUGCUUAUUUCUUAACUACCCAGAGCCGUCUAUCUGAAGGAGCUGUGUUACUAAGCUGGAAGCGCUAGAAGGUCCAGUGCUGCUGAUCAAAUGCCAGAAAACCACAAGCACAACUCGCACCAGUUGGACCAUCACCAAGAAAUAAAACUGAAUCUCCUUCAGCCUCAAAUGGCUCAGUUUGCUCUCCAGCUGCUUCAGAUUUCAGGCUCUGGUGUCUUCUGAACCAGUGAAGAGUUGUUGUCGGACCUCAUUCUGGUCCACUUGAAAUUCAUUGAUCUGUUGAUCAGCCAGCACAGUGAUUAUUUGUUAAUGACGCCAUCAGACAGACCAGAUUUCAAGGGAAUUUCAAAGUCACGUCUCAGCUUUUUCAUGAUCUUUUGCCUUUAUUUGAUGAUAUCCAGCAGAGAGCUCACAGGGGUGUUAUGGCAUACUGAAGUCUUCGAACACGUCUGAAGGCAGAAAAAGAGAGGGGCGAGAUGUGAAGAAUCGUACAUUUGGGGAUAACCGCGCAAUCUUAGACGUAAAGAAUGAAUCAGAGCUCAACACAAUUGGCCAGUUGCUGCGGACACUUGGCGCGAUUGAUGGUUUCGGAAACUUACGUAGAUUGACGGACGCAGUGCCACCAAAUUGCAACAUCCGAUGAUUCGACAAGCAUUUAGUUUGAAGCAUACUGCUGACCCCUGAAGGCCACCAGGUCGCUCUACCCUGUGAUUUGAAGAAAUACUAGAAAUGUUUGUGGCCUCAAAAGCCACAUUUUCCACAUUUAUUUUCAGGAAAAAUACAGAAAAAAGGACAUAAUACCUGAACAGUCACUGCAAAUGGUAAACUCUGAGAUGCGCUUUGACUUGGUAACCAGCCUACCAGGCGUCUAAUAAAGUAGGAUGACCCCUCCUGGUUAUCAGGUCGAAUGACUGGACCUUGAAAUCUCUGUUCUGAUUGGCUCUGGUCUCUUCUGUUUGCAUGCUGAGGGCAGGGAUUGUAUAUCUGUAGGACCUGAUGAAAUUAAUGGUUAUUUUGGUGCGACUUUACCAAAAAAUGGCCUUAAUCCAGUGUGUCGAGUAUUAAGAAAAGUAAUGCAAGUACACAAUAUGAAAUGUACUAAAAACAGUGCAAUAAAACAGAAGUAUCAACCUUGUGAUUAGACCGUGUUAUUACAUACUUCUUUGUGCCUGAGGAUAAUGACGGUGUGCUUACAGUACCGCUCUCACAGAUGAAUUCACUGGAAUAUGGUCAUUGUAAUGUAAAGUUCUGACCAGAUUUUUUUUUUUGUGUAACGUCCUGUGAUCCUGCGUGUACAAACAGAAACUGUACAGGAUGUGAUGUAAAAUGUUUCUUGAUCAUCCUGUACGGUCAUGUACUCGUCAAAACCUGGAGAUUCCUACAGAGUCGGCUCCAAAAUAUGACAAAAUCCAGACUGAACUUAACAAAACCAAAUGGAAGCCAAGUGUCAUUAGGCUGGGAACAAAUGGAAACCUUGGACCUUUUGAAAGGAUAUUCCUGACGACUAAACAGCUAUUGUUCUUUCACAGACUGCUAGUACUGUGAAAAGUUACCUGAAUGCGUGUAAUGCAGACUCUUCUCUUUUAAACAGCUUCCAUAACUGAAACCUUGCUCAGCGUGAGAGUUAAUUCUUGUUCAAGAGUUUUCACUCAUAACACACAGUCCUCCUCAGCAGAUGGAGUUUCCUUAAUUGUCAUUGAAAAUUUUCUCAGCCUUUUUUAAUGCAUUUACAUUUAAAACGUAUGGUAUUAAAUCUCAUCUAAUCUAAAAUGAGCUUACUGACCAAAUUAAUUGCAAGAGUCAAGUGUAUUUGUUUAAUUUAUAUGGACCAUCCCGAAAAGAAAUGAAGAAAUCACGAAACUAAAAUUCAGCUGCUCUCUAAUGAGCAACCAAACUUAAGGUAAAUUAGAGCGUUCUGAGGCGGUUCUGACUGGAUCUCUGUGGUUUUGUCGCUGACCCUGUGUUGUGGUUUGUACAUGCAGGUUGACCACGCUGAGACGGCCCCACAGCCUGAACCUGUUUGUACAUUUAUUGUUUGAUUCAGUUGAUAUAUAAUGUGUUUUAAUAGAAACAUGCUUGUGUAUGAUACUAAUUAAAUACUAUGGAGAAAUAA